UUGGCCAGGCAGCAGGUCCUUGCGGCACCCGAAAGUCCCGAAUCGAGCUUAACGCAUCGUGGCCGGCUUGCGAAUUAUUACGCGUGAGCAACUGAAACUUCAAACUUCGAACUCCAAACUGAAACUCAGGCGGGUUAUAUUAUCCUGCAUUCGCCGGUUCGAUUGUGUGUGCUUUUUUUCCAGUGCUAUUUGUAGGGGAGAAGGUCCUGCUGGUUUUCCAGUGUAUCCUGGCAUAUCCUGGUGUACAGUAAGUACAGUAAUCCCCCGCGUUCCGCGUGUUAUUUCCGCUUCCGCGUGCGUGCAAUUAGUGGGCGGCAUGGCGGCCCCGAGCCGCCGCCACCGCAAUCGGCCGAAACGCUUGAAGACAAUGUCGCUGCUACAACUGGUGGCAAUACUUUUGGGGCUGACUGCAACGCUGGCAGCCGGAAAUGACGCCAUUUCCGCGCCGAAAACGGCAAAGGAUCUGCAGCAGCAGCAGCAGCAGCAACGCCAUCAGAUGCCGGACAUCGAAGAUGAUGGCGGAGCGCGACCAGACAAGGACUUUGACUUUGCCGCCUAUGUGAACGAUUUCAAUUUGCAAGAAGAGGCCUCCAUUCCGGAGGACAUAUUUGACCAGCACGACGGCGACAUCGGGGAUGAGGACGCCGCCACUCCGCACCUGCAAUAUGCCCCAUCUGCUGCAGCUUCCACCGCCGAGGAUGAAGACGCCGGCGACGAGGAUGUGGGGCUGAUUCAGGAGGAGGGCGAGGACGAGGAUGCAUCCGAGGCGGCUGAUAUCAUACUUGAAUCUCAAAGGCCCACUUCAAGGAAUUUCAGUGUUUACCUGGACGCUAAGAAAUACCAAAAUAACAACAAGAAGCGGUCCAAGGAGAACAAAAAGAACAAUAUAAGCCACUACAACUACAAAUUGAAAAACAAUAAAGGGAACCAGCAGCUACCAAAGCGAGUUGGCAAUGAGGAAGCUGAAGCAGCCGGAAAAUCAGAAAUGGAGAUGGCUGUGGAUGUGGAUGUGGGUGGCGGAACCAAAUUCACUUCCGUUGAGGAGGACAACGCGAACUUUGGCAGGCAAAGUUUUGCGUAUAAAAAAUUGAAGAACAUGCACGAACAGCAAAGUCAACAGGAGCAGCAAAAAGGAGCCAACAGGAAACGGGGCGAUGAUGGCGAUGAGGAUUUACUAGAGACAUACCCGUCACAGCUGUUCGAUGCUAUUGAAAUAUUAAAUGAACGAAAAUUUAAUAAGCCAUCGCUCCAAUCAACGGAGAAGACUCAGCCGAAGAAAGUGGAUGAGGCCAUUGGCGAUAUCGAGGACAAUUUGGAUAAUGAUGAAGUAUUGCCCAGCGAUGAAGAUGAGGUGGAUGGCGAUGGCGAUGGCGACGAAGAGGACAUUAAGUCGCCCAUUGACAAUGAUGAAUUGGCCAAAAAAUACCCAGUAGCCACAUCAGCAAGCACCAAGGCCCCAACCACCUUGGCCACAUCAACAACCACCAUCGGCAGCAGCAGCAGCACCACCACAACGACAACAACAUCGACAACACCAAGAACACCGCCAACAAUUGGCCGCAAACUCAAGAGGAAUUUCUUUGGCCAACCCCAGCCAGAAACCAGAUACUAUGGCAGCUAUGACAUCGGACGGAUUCGGGCACAGGAGGAGGACACCACCGAUGAGCAGGACGUGGGCGAGUUGCACUACUACGACACCAGCAGCAGUCCCAGAAAGUUGGUCAGCUUCGAUCCGGAAAAGUCCGAGGAGAGUUACUUGAGCAGCUACUAUGCUGACAAAUUGAAUGCAACCGAAAGGAAACAGCAGCAGCAGCUGCAACAGCAACAUGUUGUUGCACAACAGCAACAUGCAACACGUUACGUGGACGACGACUAUGCCGAACAGCAGCCGCCGCCGGAAAAUUCCAUGGCGGAAAAUCCCUGGGAGAAAUCCGGCGAUGAAAGGCCAGAGGAGGAGGAGCAAAAGGAAUCUGAUUUGGAAUCUGCAUUGCAGCGAUAUCACGAGGCUAGCAUGGCCACGCCCACCGUCACCACAGCCGCCCCCUCGUCGGCCUUCGAGCGUUUUAAGGCGCUGCGGCGGAGUCGCCAGCGGACGGGUCACAGGAGUCACAAGAAGCGGUACAAGGACUAUCUGAAGCGGCAGCAUCCGCAGAAGGAGGCGACAUCGCCUCCGGAAAUAAAUCCACCUGCGACCAUUUCCACCAGGCACCUGGAAAAGUUGCAAAAGGAACGGGAACGAUCCACGCACUCGGCACCGAUCUUUGCCCUGGGAUUGCGACCCCAGCGACCUUUGGUGGCCACCGGGAAACCAUUCUACGAGGGACAGGUCAACUACUACGACAACCAGCAGCAGUUGGAUGUGGAUCUCAAGCAUCACACGGAAAUGGAGCGCUUGAUCGCCCACGACAAUGGCAAUUGGUAUCGCCGCAUCAGUCCAGUGUUGAGAAACGGCGUUAAGAGUGAUCCGCCGGCGAAGGACCACCAUGGACAUCAUCACCACCACAGUGGUCAUCUGGGCAACCACCAUCAUCACCACCAUCACAGUCACGGUCAUCACAGCGGCGGACAUACCACCCACCACCAUCAUAGCCACCAGAAGUCGAGUCACCUGCGACCACGUCCCAGUAAUCCCUACCAGCGGAAGGUUCCGUCGGGAGUUGGUGCGCCCAGUGCACCACCACCGCCACCACCGCCGACUCCACCGCUGCCGCCACCGAAGCCCCAACUGGGACAUCAGAUUACGGAACUGGAACAUCUGGAGCGGUACUACGCCAAGUGGCCACAUCUAGCCAGGGUGCAGUUCCAGGUCUACGACGAGCACUACCGCGAAUCGCAUCCCGAGCUGUACAGCGACUACGAGGAUGACUACGAGAGUGCCGCCGAACUGGAGGAGGCCCAGCAGGAGCGGGGUGAGGAGGCCAACCUGCCGCCCUACAUCAAGAAGUACAACAGGCGGAACAAGCAGCUGCUCAAUCUCCUCGAGGGCACCCUGCCCACGCCGACCAACAAUCCGGGCAACUCUCCAUCGGGCAGCACCGAAGCCGUGCGCCUGGAUGAUGAGUAUCUGAAGGAGAAGAGGCGUCGCUACCACCAACAUCAGCGAUUCGAGGAUUUGUUUGCCCAGCAAAGGAGUCGCUUGAGCACCACCCAAUCCACACCGAAACUGGAGGUCACCGUGUCCAAGGAGGAGAGCUCGAAGGAUGUGGGUUUUAAGGUGGAUCCAGUGACUUCAACAGCUGCGCCCAGCAAUCAGUUGCCCGAGGAAGAUGCUCCCGCUGUUUCUGGCGAGGAACCGGCAGAUCCUGCACCCGAUGCCCUGGACUUUUGGCAGCGGGAAAUGGCCAGCAAGGCGGGUAGGGUGGGAAAUGCAGCGGGAAAUCAGCCAGCCACAACAACCACGCCCAAGCCGGCGCUGUUCAAGCUACCCUCGUAUCCCGCCAUAGCCGGGAGUUUCCUGGGCACACCGCGCAGUCGCAGCCGGAGUGCCCAGUUUGUGGCCAAUGUGGCGGGCAGGGGUCAAAGUCAGGGCAGUUGGCCACGUUUGGAGACGGGUAAUUCCACGGAGAAGCCAGCUGGCGGGGGAACCACCGACGGAGGAGGUGCAGGGGGCGGUGGCGGUGGCCGGGGAGAUCCCUCCCCCCUGAACUCCUUUGUCUACCAUCGCGUGGUCGACGGCAUUGGCCCGGGCGGAGCAAGUGGCUCGGCCAUUUCCGGGUUCGUCGGCAGCAGUAGAGGCAAACAGUCGCGACUGCCGUUCGUGGCCAUCACGGAUCGACGGCUGGAGAAAUCGCUGGCGGAGCGACACAAAGACUUUGAGCAGAAUCACUUUCCGAUGCCUUAAGCCGCGAAUUUUGUGCAGCAGUGGAAAAGCUGGAAAAGCUAAAGAGAGAGAGAGAGAGAGAGAGAGGAAAAAUAAAGGAAAAAUUAACGAUGAGUUGGUAGCUGUGGGUGGAAGGGGAAUUAUCGGGAAUACCAGAUAAUACAAAAAAUAAGAACCCUUAAACAAUGACUCAAUUUGAAAAGUUUAUUGAGGAAAUGUAUAUCAGCAAACAAACAGCUGUAUUUAAAAUUUAUAAAGUACACAUUUGUCUGCUUUUAAAAAUUGAAAGUUAGUAAGAUAUUUUUAACGUUUUUGGGAAGAUAAUUCUAUUUAGUGAGUGAAAAACCCUUUUAUAAAGUCGAGUUACACAUACACCAUUUUAUUUUGUUUGAAUUCAAAACACCAACUUCAAUUUGUUUACCCUUAAAAAUUUCCGAAUUUGUAUUCAUGCAGUUUUAAAAAAGUAUUUUCUUCUUUUUAAUACGAAUAUUUCGAAACUUAAGAAGCUUGUUUAAAAAUUAAGUUGACAACUUCAGACUGAUAUUAUAAAAAUGUUGUAUAAUUUUUUUUAAAUUUAGAGUAUAAUGUGUUUAAAAAUAUUAUUUAAAUGCAUGCUGAAACUUUUAUGGGAAAUCCAAAACCGUUUUUAACCGUUUCAACCACAAUAAACCGAUGCGAUAAACGGGUUCUUGCCCUUACUUAAUAAAUACGAUUGUGUUAUACCGAUUCCCUUUUCCAGACAUGUUACCAACUCAAAAUCUAAACAUAAUUCUAGUACUAUAUUAUAGUCGCCGCUUUCGGAUGUAUUAUUUUUGGUGUUUUAUGUUUUACAAGGAACGAAAGAAGCGAAUCAAUGGAUAUAGAGAUAAUUGUCGAAAACGUUUUUUUUUGGUGUGAUGAAUAUAUAAAAAACAUUAAACGGUAAACGUUAGAAAAAGUAAACAUUAAAAUAAAGUGAAAAUACAAAAAAAAAAUGAAAUGUAAAAUUAAAAUUAAGCGAAAAACUUUUUUUGUGUAUAAAUAGCGAAAAACACCUGUAGACACACACAUAUAUACAAAACACACAUACAGACACUCAAAGAGCUGUUAGAAAUCAAAAAGUGAUAGCCUAAAAAAUAUUCGAAUAAUUUAUUCCUUAGUUUCGAUUGGUGUUUUAUGUUUUAGAAAGCAUUGCUUUUGGGUGUAAAGUAGCUGAAAAUUAGAGGAAAUUGUUAGAAAAAGCGCCUCUCCACACACAGAUAUUUACACACUGAAUGCUUUCCUUUCGCCCCUUGCACGCAAAAUCCAUCGAAAUAGGUUUCAAAAUUAAACGAAAAACAAUGAAAACACAAUAAAGGUAAAACGAAAUUAAGCAGAAGACGACGGACAAUGUUGCACAAAACUUUAAAAGUAUUCAAUUAGCCAGAACAAAACAAGCAAUAAGUUUUAGUGGUCAAUAGAAAAGCAGACGAACAGAAAACAAAGUGUAAAACAACAUAUCAAGGCAGAGGAAAAACAAUUAUAUAUUUAAAAAAAAAAAACUUUGCUUCGGGCCGACAAUUGAAGAAAAUGGAAAUAAGGGGAAAUUUAAACUGUUAGUUUACAAACUUUUUCAUAAUUUGUUUGCUAUUUUUUUAACCAAACUAAUGACUAUCAUAUUAAAUACAAAAAAAAACCUAAGUAUUAAUUUUUUUUGCCAUUUUAAUUCUUGUUAAAGUAUGCAACGUAAAUUGAAAUACAAAUUUUCACAAGAUAGUUAACAAGAUAUGAUUUAGUAAGAAUAAAUUUGGAGAAAUAACUGAAAAAUUCUAAUGAAUACUUUUAUUAUUUUUAUGUUUUAUAAUAUUUUUACAGUCUUCCCCAAGCUAAAUUUUUAUCUGUGGAAAGGAUGAAGCAAAUAUAACAUAAAUACACCCACACACAGUCGAUUCAGAAAUAACGAACGGGCUACAACAAAAAAGAAAAUAAAAGUGCAAAAGGAAAAUGAUGAAAAACUCUGACAAAUUUCCCCCCAAAAAUAAGUCGAGAACUUAAGAAAUGAAAAAUACUUUGUGUAGGAAUAUAAAAGAAAACAGCAAAGGAUAAAAUGCAUUCCCAAAAAGCUUUAGCCGAAUUACAAGUUUAUACACACGCACACCCACACAAAGUAUGUGAGCGAAAUUAAAAAAAAAUUUCAUAAGCAAGGCGAAUGAUAAAGGAGAGGGCAAAGGAGAGUCGUGGAGAAAGGGGGGAGAAUGCAAUGCGGUGUAAUUAACAUAUCAAAAGCGAAACGUGCUGAAGAAAAAAUGGCAAAAGCGCCAAGCAAUUAAAACUAAGCGCAGUGGCAAAUAUUUCUCAAACUGGAUUCAUAAAAAGUAAUUUCAUUUCAUACAGAGCUUCCUUGUGGCUCAACUUUAAACUUUAAUUUUUCAAAUACUUUAAGUUGAAGGGAAAGCGCAAAACCCGAUUUUAAAUUUACCGGAUUUGCAGAAAUGUUCGCCGUUUGUUUGUUGUACAAUUUAAUUGGAAUUUGUGUUGAAAUGAGAACAGGAAAAAUUGAGGCACAGCGGGUAAAUGAACAGUAUAAUGGAAAAUCCUUCAAAGGUAUCAGCGUAUCAAAAAUACCAAAGAAAAAAAUGCAAAAAAAAAAAAGAAAUGGCAACACAAAACCACACCAACAUAUACAUGUAUACACUUCUCAUUAUGUGGUAACAUUUUAAUGGAAUGAAAUUCAAUAAAGCAACAAUUUAUUAUUUACGCAUAA